GCGGUAGCAUCAUGGCGGCGGUGUGUGUCUAUAAACUUUUGACGUGACAAACUUUCUGAGCUGCAAUGUCUCUAAAACUCCUCGCGGCCGGAUUCACAGCGUCCCGUCAACAGCCGCCUGACACUUCUCCGGACUCCAGGUGAAAGGUCACAAACCGCGACCCUCAAGAUGUAAAACGUCCGCGCGCUGAAGAUGCUAACAGAAACUAAGCAACAAGUUAGCCUGCGGGCUAACGUGAAGUCAUAGAAGUCGUGGUAACUUUUCUCUGCGCCACUUUAUUUUCUACAUGUUCAGAUUUUACCUCAACAUGUUUCGUUUUUUUCGCUACUGCGUGAGCCACUGCCUCCACGCGGCGAUGACCCGGCUGGAGGAGGUGAACGGAGAGGUGAGCGCCUGGUCCUCGGUGCGCUGCCUGGGCUACCUGUCCGGGCUCAACCUGCUGCUGGCCCUCUGCCUGGGGCUGUACGCCCGCUGGGAGAGGACCGCCGAGUCCACGCUUCUCGUCAUCUUUGUUUUGGCCCUGUUCGUGCUCGGAAUCGCGAGCAUCCUGUACUACUACUUCAGCAUGGAGCGGGUCAGCCUCAGCCUGCUGCACCUCUGGCUGGGCUUCCUGCUGGGGCUGCUCUGCUUCCUCGACAACUCCAACCUGGGGGGCGACGUGAAGGAGCAGGCGGCCAACUACCUGCUGGUGGCCAGCGUGGUGCUGAGGACUCUGUGGGCGCUGCUGGAGCGGCUGUUCGGCUGCGCCAGGUACCGCCCCGCCUUCCUCACCUCGGCGGAGCGGCUGGAGCUGGCGGGCUUCGCCACCGCCAGCACGGCGCUGCUCAUCCAGACGUCCCUGAGCGUCAUGGUGCUGGUGGUGGCGCUGGCCACGGUCAUGGUGGCGCUCCGGAUGAAGGCCGUCCUGGCCCUUCCCAACCUCGUCUGCUUCGCCGUCAUCACCGGCGUGCUGUUCUUCAGGUCUCUGAACAUCUCCACCAACCCCUUCGCCCUGGGCUGCUUCUUCAGCCAGCUGAUCUGCGACCCCCUGCUGGACGUCUACUUCAGCGGCCUGUCCGUGACCGAGCGCUGGCAGCCCUUCCUGGUGUGGAGGGGCCUGUGGCGCCGCCUGUCCCUGCUGCCCCUGCUGUCGGUGGAGGUGACCUUCAUUGCUUUGGCCGCUCGGAAGCUGACCGACAUGGACCCGUUGUACCUGAUGGUCCCUGGCUUCGUGGUGUGCGUGCUCUUCUGGGCCAUUUGCCACAUGGUGUUUGUGAUCACUGUGUGGGGCUUCCACACCAAACUCAGCGACUGCCAGAGGCUGUGCUUCUCCCAGAGGUCAUCUGUCGGCAGCCUGGACAAAGUCAUGGCCUCGAAGGGGAUGAGACACUUCUGUCUAAUCUCUGAGCGCCUUGUGGUCUUCACGCUGCUGUCGUCUGUUGCUCUGGCUGCUCUCUGCUGGCAGGCCUCCAGCAUCUUUGUCAGCACUGUUUUGCUCAUCCUGCCUCUGGAGUCCCUUUUUCACGGCCUCUUCCACGAGCUGGGGAGCAGCCUGGGAGGAACCUGUGUGGGAUACGCUGUCGUCAUCCCCACCAACUACUGCAGUCCCGACGGCCAGCCGAUGCUGCUGCCUCCGGGUCAGGUGGACGAGCUGAACCGGCGCUCCACGGGCAUGCUGAACAGCGUGCAGCGUUUCUUCGCCCACCACCUGAUCGAGACCUUCGGCUGUGACUACUCCACCAGCGGCGUGAGCCUGGAGGCUCUGCAGGCCAAGAUCAAAUCCUUCCUGGAGCUGCGUACAGCGGACGGCCCUCGCCACGACACCUAUGUUAUCUUCUACAGCGGUCACACACACCGCACCGGGGAGUGGGCACUGGCAGGUGGAGACACGCUCCGGCUGGACCAGAUUCUGGACUGGUGGAGGGAGAAGAACGGCAGCUUCUGCUCUCGGCUCAUCCUCGUCCUCGACUGCGACAACUCCCUGCCGUGGGUGAGGGAGGUGGGGCGGGUGGAGCGCCUGCACGUGGCCGUGCAGGGAGCGGCGCUCGCCCGGGCGACGGACGUGGAGCUGCAGGACCCGCCGCAGCUCGGGGACUUCACCUCGCAGUGGGUGGAGUACAACUGCAACCCCGACAGCGACAUCCAGUGGGCGGAGCGGGGCAGGGCCGUCUCGGCCGCCUACGGCGUCUCCCGGCACUGGAGCGACUACACGCUGCACCUGCCCUCGGGGAGCGACGUCACCAACCACUGGAGCGCGUACUUCCCGCGGGUGACCUACCCGGUGGUGCAGCUGGCCCUGUGGUGCGGCGGACUCAACCUGCUGUGGAUCUGCAACGCCUGCCUGCGCUGCCUCAAGAGACUCAAGCUCAACUGGUUCCCGCCGGCCAUACUGGACACGGGUCAGGGCUUCAAACUGGUGCGAUCGUAGGGAGAUCAGCAGAGGGAUUCCGAACGUGUACAUGACUUCCACUCUCCAUGUUUUGUCCAAAACGAGUUUUUCUACCCUGAAAAUAGGCAGCUAUUGGAUUUUAAAGUCUUUUCAGACCAGCAUCUUCUUAAGUCAGACACUUAAAAAUGAAUCAGUUACUGAGACCGGUUUAUAAAAAGUCUUGAUUUUUCAACCUUGCCCUGACAUCCUGUCAGUCGCACGUGCCAGUUUGUGGUUUUAGACCAAGCACACGGAUUUGCACAUUUUUUUUUAUUUCUCUAUUAGUCGAUUCCACCUUAAAUCUGCGUGCGUUCACACGGUGCCUUCCACCUGAAAUUCACCAAAGCUCCAGCUCCCCGCGCACAGCUCUCAAAUAUUAAACCAAAGCAACAAUGUGGUACUUUGUUUCCUCUCAGGCAUGAAGUCUUCUCAGUGGUGACGUUUCUGAAGUACCAAUAUUUAACUGUGGGUGUGAUUCCUCUGACAGCCAUCUGUAUUUUUCUUCUUGCUUUUCAGGAAUAGCUUAUGAUCAGCUGAUGCACUGCGUAAUCUCUUUUUUUUAUGCUUUUGGGAGUGAUCUUUUUAAUCAACUCCAGCUGCUUCCACACAGUUGUUAACUGUACUGAUGAAUGCACUAUAAGCAGGGACAAAUGACUAAACUACGGUAUUUAAUGGGAUCCAUUCUCUGCAAUAUGCAAGUUUAGUCUGAAUGGUUUCAUGAGGGGAAAAAUGCCGGUGAAAGUAUGACGGAUGGAACUAUGCAAUAAAUAACGUCUU